GGUGUGCCUGGCUAGGGAGGCUGCGCCUAAGCACCGGGUUGGCCAGGCUGCUGUGGGUCCCAGGCAGACGUGACUGGAGCUGACCAAGAUGGCGGUGCAGGUGGUGCAAGCCGUGCAGGCGGUUCAUCUUGAGUCUGACGCUUUCUUAGUUUGUCUCAACCACGCUCUGAGCACAGAGAAGGAAGAGGUGAUGGGUCUGUGUAUAGGGGAGUUGAAUGAUGACACAAGUUCUCCCCUUUUCGAAUCUAUCUCCAAUAGGAGUGACUCCAAAUUUACAUACAGUGGAACUGAAAUGCGCACCGUUGCUGAAAAGGUUGAUACCAUCAGAAUUGUCCACAUUCAUUCUGUCAUCAUCUUGAGACGUUCUGACAAGAGAAAGGACCGAGUAGAAAUUUCUCCAGAGCAGCUUUCUGCAGCCUCAACAGAGGCAGAAAGAUUGGCUGAACUAACGGGUCGUCCCAUGAGAGUUGUGGGCUGGUAUCAUUCCCAUCCUCACAUAACAGUUUGGCCUUCACAUGUUGAUGUUCGUACACAAGCCAUGUACCAGAUGAUGGAUCAAGGCUUUGUAGGACUUAUUUUUUCCUGUUUCAUAGAAGACAAAAACACAAAGACUGGUCGGGUACUCUACACCUGCUUCCAAUCUAUACAAGCCCAAAAGAGCUCAGAGUAUGAGAGAAUUGAAAUUCCAAUCCACAUUGUACCUCAUGUCACCAUUGGGAAAGUGUGCCUUGAAUCAGCAGUAGAGUUGCCAAAGAUCCUGUGUCAGGAAGAACAGGAUGCAUAUAGGAGGAUUCACAGCCUUACACAUCUGGACUCAGUAACCAAGAUCCAUAAUGGCUCAGUGUUUACCAAGAAUUUGUGCAGUCAAAUGUCAGCAGUCAGUGGGCCUCUCCUACAGUGGUUGGAAGACAGAUUGGAGCAAAACCAGCAGCAUUUGCAGGAGUUGCAACAAGAAAAGGAAAAGCUUAUGGAAGAGCUUUCUUCCUUAGAAUAAAGGAAGAGGAAAGAAAUGUGGGCAGAUGAAAAUACCCAGCAUACAACUUAUUAUUAUGCUAAGUCAAUUUUGAAGAAGAUAAAGUUGGAGGUCUCGCAUUACAUAACUUCAAAACUUACAAAGCUACAGUACUCAUGAUAGUAUAUUUUCAGAAGGGUAGACAUAUAGAUCAAUGAAGCAGAAAUAAUUUUUUUUCUUAUUUUUUUUCUUAUAGGGCAGAUGAAAAUACCCAGCAUACAACUUAUUAUUAUGCUAAGUCAAUUUUGAAGAAGAUAAAGUUGGAGGUCUCGCAUUACAUAACUUCAAAACUUAAAAAGCUACAGUACUCAUGAUAGUAUAUUUUCAGAAGGGUAGACAUAUAGAUCAAUGGAGCAGAAAAGAGAAUCCAGAAAUAAGUCCACAAUAGCGUGCUCAAUGAAUUUUGAAGUACAAAAGUGAUUCAGUGAAGAAAGGACUAUCCUUUCAACAAUUUAUGUUGAAGCCAUUAAAACCCCACAGGCCAACAGAAGAAGAUAAAUUCUAAAGCACCUCAACUAAAUCUUAUGCCUUCUAUAAAAGUACCUCAAAAUGUAUCAUGGAUUUAAAUGUAAGCUAGGAAACUUUUUUAAAAAAAUCUUGUGAGAAAAAUCUUCAGAAGACAAGUUCUUAGAGUUCAAUUAAAAAACACAGUGCACCAGAAAAAAAAGUAGAUAUAGUGGACUUCAUCAAAGUUAAUUUUUCACUCUGUAAAAAAUUAAAAAGAAUAGUCAAAAGAAGGCUCAACUUUUAGUAGUACUUGCUGUUCUUCCAGAGGACCUGAGUUUAGUUCCCAACAUUCGCAAACACCUGUAACUCCAGUUGUAGGAGAUCCAUUGCUGUCUUGUGGCCUCUGCAGGCACUACACUCAUAUGCACAAACCCACACACAGACAUACACACAUAUACACAUCAUAAUUAGAAAUAAAAUCUUUUGAAAAAUUAAGAGGAAAAACAAGAAAUUAUUUGUAAGCCAUAUAGAAUCUGAUCACUAUGGAAAGCACAAUAUGCUCAAAACUCAAAAAUUUUAAAAAUCCAAUCAGAAAAUGAGAAAAAAUGUGAGUAGACAUUUUCAUCAGAGAAGAUUUAUAGAUGGCAGGUAAUCAUGUGAAAAUAUGUUGAACUUCAUAAGUCUUCAGGGAAUACGAAUUAAAAUGACAGUAGGAUGCAAUAUAUACCUAUCAGGAUGACUAGAAAAAAAUAGUGAAAAUGCCAAAUGCUGUUGAGGAUGUCAAGUAUAUGGGUGACAGGAAUGUAAAAUAAAAUAUAAAUGCUCUGUAGAAGAAUUUGUAAAGUUAAACACAUAUACCAUAUGACCCAGCAGUUGUACUGUAUUGUCACAAAAACUUGUACAAAAUUUUAUAUAGCAGCUUUAUUUGUGAUAGCCCCAAAUUGGAAACAACACAGAUGUUCUGCAAGGGUAAAUGGUUAAACAAGCCAUUCCCACCAUGGAAUUGUACUCUGCAAUGGAAAGGAACAGACCUCUAAUAAAUGAGCCUUGGGAAAUAUUAGGUGAAUGAAAAAAAGCUAGUCUCAAAAGGUUCCUUGCUGAAAUAUCAGAAUCAUGGAGAAUAGCAGAUUAAUGGUUUCUAUGAGUAGGGACUGGAUAAUGUAUAGCAUAGCUAUAAAUAUAGCAGGAUGACACAAGAGUUCCUUUGAGCUGAUGGAAUAGUUUUGUAUCUUGAAUCUUUUGUUUAGUACAUGAAUAUUCCUGUACUAACAGGUUUAUAUACACAAAAAUGCAUGUAAAAUUUGUUGGACAUGAAUAAAGUCUGUAGUCUUCUUAGCAGUAA